CCCUCUCCAUUGUGCUAGCAGCCAGCCAGUUCCCCAGUUCUUCCCUAGUAAGUGAGAAAUGAGGGAUACCGUGAACUCCCAGUACAAUUCCUUUCUUUACUGGAGGAUGCCCAUUCCGGAACUGGACCUGUCCGAGCUGGAAUGCCUGGAGCUGACCGACAGGGCCCUCUACAAGCCGAAGGGGAGCUAUGGCAACCUGACUGCAGACCGGAAGAAGCAGGGCCGGGACGUCUUUGAAGGGGAUGGCGACAAAGACACCCUCCUCCCGUUCAAUAGCUUCAACUUCUGGAGGGCUCCUAUAGCCAGUAUUACCGCUUUAGAUUUUGACCUUCUCUGA